GGACCUCCCUCUUUGUGCUGCCGCCUCCGUAGGCUGUCCUGUCCGCCCGGAGAAACCCCAGCCUGGCUGCGACGAGGGCGGAGCUGCCCUGGCUGUCACAAAGACAUGUUUCAUUUAAAAAACUAGCCACUACGCUACGUACUGUCUCUAUUUACACGGCUUUCUUUGGGCUUAACAUCGACGACAGAGCGCUCGUUCAGCCGACUCGAGCAGAAGCAGGAUGCCGGUGAAAGGCGGAGGAAGACUGGCCUCUUACCCGAGCAAGAGCGAAAAUGUCGGAAGCUCGGGGAUGGAGGAGAUGGUGUGGGAGCAGUACUCCGUGACUCUGCAGCGGGACACUAAGAUGGGUUUCGGCAUCGCGGUGUCAGGUGGGCGUGACAACCCCAACGUGGACAAUGGUGAGACGUCCAUCAUCGUGUCAGACGUGCUGCAGGGGGGCCCAGCAGACGGAUUACUCUUUGAGAAUGAUCGUGUCAUUCAGGUCAACUCCAUCCCCAUGGACAACGUGCCUCAUUCCUUCGCUGUGCAGUCCCUCCGUAAAUGUGGUAAAGUGGCUAAAAUAACAGUGAAGAGACCCCGUAAGUCGGCAGUGCACUCACAGAAGCAGCCUCCCUCCCCAGGUGCAGAGAGUCGGGCGUACACCCCCUCCAAUCACUACUACGACGCCGACAAUGACAACAGCUGGUACCGCGACCAGGACCGUGAACACAUCUCAGACAGCAAAGCAUACCUGGACCCCGAGUACGGGGGGGGGCGGGACACCAACCAGAGAGGGAGGAGCCGUGGGCGGAGCCAGGAGAGGAGCUCCCCCAGCCCCGACAGACCAAGGAGGGACGGCAGCCGGGGGCGGGCCCUGGACAGCAGCGCAGACCGCCAGAGGUACCACAGCCGAGGACGCAGCCCCGGGGAGGGGUCCCGCACCGAGGACAAGAACGAGAGAGGAGAAGGAGGGGGAGGAAAAGGGGGGAGGUAUAAGAGCAGGGACCGGCUCAAUGACAACCCUCCAUCCCCAGAACCUUCCAGAGAGCUGGAGCCGCUGGACAAACCCGUCAACGUGCUUCUGGUGAAGAACAGAGCCAGCGAGGAGUACGGGCUGCGCCUUGGGAGUCAGAUCUUCAUCAAACAGAUGACCAGCACGGGCCUGGCUGCCAAAGACGGGAACCUGCAGGAGGGAGACAUCAUCCUGAAGAUUAACGGGACGGUGACGGAGAACCUCUCACUGCACGAUGCGGGGAAGCUGAUAGAGAAGUCGAGGGGGAAGCUGCAGCUGGUGGUGCAGAGAGACAGCCGUCAGAUCCUCGUCCGCAUCCCCCCCCUCGCAGACUCUGACUCUGAUAACGACGACAUAUCAGAGAUGGAGUCAUACCAUUCCUAUUCCCCUCCAGAGGAGAGGAGGUCCCGCCAGUCUGACCUGUCCUCCCACUCUUCUAAUGAAAGAGACAACCCCAGGGAAGAACCCAUGAAGACAGCCAAGAUGUCCGCCAUGGCCUCCCCCUUCAGAGUCCCUGAAGACCCCCAUGCCUCCACAGAGCUGAACAGAGAGUCGGGGCACCAAGAGCAGCCUCCAGUUGCCAUAACAACCACACCAAAGAUUCUCCUCCGACCAAGUCCAGAAGAUGAAAAAAUAUAUGGGCCCAACACGGUGAUGGUGAAUUUCCAGAAGGGGGACAGUGUGGGGCUGAGGCUGGCAGGAGGAAAUGAUGUGGGCAUCUUCAUCGCCAGUGUUCAAGAGGGCAGUCCUGCCGAGAAGGAGGGUCUGCACAUAGGGGACCAAAUCCUAAAGGUGAACAAUGUGGAUUUUCAAGGAGUAGUGAGAGAGGAAGCCGUGCUCUUCCUCUUGGAGAUUCCUAAAGGGGAAAUGGUCACCAUCCUGGCUCAGAGCAAACCUGACGUCUAUAAUGAUAUCUUGGUGUCGGGGCGUGGAGACUCCUUCUUCAUCCGGACGCACUUUGAGUAUGAGAAGGAGACCCCUCAGAGCCUGGCCUUCAGCCGGGGGGACGUCUUCAAGGUGGUGGAUACGCUGUACGACGGGAAGCUGGGCAACUGGCUGGCUGUCCGAGUGGGCAAGGACAAGCAGCUGCUGGAGAAGGGCCUCAUCCCCAACAAGAGCAGAGCGGAGCAGAUGGCCAAUGUGCAGAGUGCUCAUAAAGCAGUGGCGGGCGAUCGUGCAGACUUCUGGAGGUUGCGAGCUCAGCGCUCUGUGAAGAGGAAGGACCUGAGGAAGAGCAGGGAGAACCUGAGCGCUCAGACCCUGGCCACCCGCUUCCCAGCAUACGAACGGGUGGUGCUGCGAGAAGCUGGUUUCCGCCGCCCCGUGGUUCUGUUCGGGCCCAUCGCUGACGCUGCCAAUGAGAAGCUGGCCUCCGAGAUGCCCGACCUGUUUGUGGUUGCCAAAACCGAGCCGAAAGACGCCGGAUCAGAGAAGUCCUCCGGAGUGGUUCGCCUCAACACCAUCCGACAAAUCAUCGAGCAGGACAAGCACGCCCUGCUGGAUGUGACCCCCAAGGCAGUGGACACCCUGAACUACACCCAGUGGUACCCCAUUGUCAUCUUCUUCAACCCAGACAGCAAGCAUGGCAUUAAGACCAUGAGACAGAGGAUCGCCCCUAACUCCAACCGCAGCGCCCGCAAACUCUACGAACAGGCCGUCAAACUGAGGAAGACCUGCGCUCACUUGUUCACUGCCACCGUUGAUCUGAACUCAGCCAACGACGCCUGGUACGGCAGCGUCAAAGACUCCAUCAGAGGGCAGCAGAUGCAGGCGGUGUGGGUUUCUGACGGCAAGCUGGAGACAGUAGAGAGUGAUCUGGACUGCCAGGACGUGGAGCGUCUGUCCUUCCUGUCCGCCAUGUCCGCUGACUACCUCAGCAUGGACAGCCGGCUGACCUCUGACCUCGAAGACACCGCCGACGAGGGCGGGACCUACACCGACAACGAGCCGGAUGUGGAGAUGAUGCACAUCUCAGCCAUCAGCCGCUCGUCUGAACCCGUCACAGCUGAGGAGAUCUUACGCAGGUACAGUCCAGACAUCCGGAGUCGCUUAAGGAAACUGAGCAGCCGUGAAGUCCUCAGCAGGUCCAGUCCUCCACCUGUCUUCUCACCAGAUGGCAAGGUGAAACUGUCUCUGAGGGACGAUCCGGCCACUUUAUCAGGAUCAACUAACCCACACCAUCACCACCGUCAGCACCACCCUCCACCCCCCAGCUCCAGCAGAAGUUACGAUUCUCCCUCCAGCAGCAGCCCGGCCAGCAGCAACAAUGACCCACCCCCACUCAUCCCCCGUUCAGCAGCUUCCUCCGGCCCGCUGCCCCUGCCUCCGGCUCACCACUUUAACUCCUGCAGCAAAAUGUGGCCUGUGGGAGCGCCUCAACCCCCCCCCAUUCUUAGGUCCAGCAGUUGUGGGGGCACGGCAGAGGCUACAGUGCACCCCCCCGGGGCUCUGCCCGGUGCCCUGGCAGCCUGCAGGCAGCAGCAGGAGGAGGCGGCGCAGGACAGCCCUGGGGAGGACCCCUCCCUCAGGUCCUUCUAUGGGAAGAUCAAGGCCUUCGAAAAGAUGGAUCACUUCGCCCGGGCCCAGAGGAUCCUGGAGCUGCAGGAGGCGCAGAGUGCCAGGGUGGGCAGAGCUCUUUGUUCCUAUUGGCCAGAUACUACAGUAUCAGGAGAUGGAAAUGGCUCAGAAGCACCCCGACAUCUACGCCGUUCCUCUGAAGGCGGCCAAGUUGGAGCACAGCCGCCCUCAGCCUAUCGGGUAGGCUCACUACUGCAUACGCCUCGCUGUCCAGCUCCCGUCCUGGACCCCAGACUCCUCCGUCCUCCAGGGAGGGGCGUCCCUUCUGCCCCAGCGAGGAGGAUGUGAAGGAGGAGGCAGCGCCUGAAUACUACACCGCCAACUCCUUCCAGUACCAGGACACCCAGCUGUAGCUGUCCUGGACACAUGUUCAUGCACUGCAGCUGCAGUCUCUAACACAUCCAUGCCAUCAUGCCCUGCACAAUAAGCUGCUGACUCUGAACUGACUCUUGCUUCUUUGAUAUUAAAGGACAAAAACUUUUAUUUUUGAUUCACAGAAGUUUAAGCAAUCUCACUAUCCAUUUGGAUAGGAACACUGUCCUCACUUAACUUGUUAUGUUUAUCUAAUGGUUUCUUUAUUCUUUAGCACUUUUAAAGGGUAAACUGAGUAAUCAGGAACCACUUGUUUUCUUGCCUAUGCAACUCUUCAGUUCGUGCACAGCAACUGAAACGUAUUGCCACGAGUUUUGUCCUCACGAAAACCUCAACAAACCUAAAAACCACAAUGCGCUUUAUCACAUCUCUCCCCAUCUUUUUCAAGCUACUAUUAUUGCCAGCUACGAUCAAUAAAUGUUACCUAUAUAUUAUGAUAUUCAACGUACAUAUGUAUAUAUAUAUAUGCACAGUAUACAUAUGUAUUUAAAGUCAAGUGUUUAUACUCUGUCUUUGCAUUCCUUCGUAUAUGACAAUGCCUGUGUAUACAUACAGUAUAUAUCUAUAUAUAGUCUAUCUAGUUACACUGGAAUUUGUAAUAAUUUUUUGAAGUGCCUUUUACUUUCUCAGUCCCAUGAGGUUCGGGUUGUGUUUCCUCUGCCCCUCAGCCGCCCAGCCGUAUUAAAACCUCUGCUGCUGUCAAGCUUAAAGGGAAACCAGGGAACCAGUGACACCAAAAUCUCAAUGCUGAGCCCAUACACCACACACUGUACUGUCAGGAUUUAGAAAGAGCUAACACUGUCUGACCGCUAGAAUCCAUCCACAGCGAUAUCAGUUUGAGACUUUACGUGUAGAUAAUGAGAGUAGUUCAAAAGUGUUAUCUGUAAAGGCCCGGUCACUCCGGGAUUAAGGUGGCAAAUCAACAGAUUUCAAUAGAAGCUGCAAAAUGUGCGGAAUAGCUCGCAGGGUUAGGAGUUCAAGUUUAGUGAAAUCAAGCAUUAACAAAUAGUGAAUUGUUUGUUUCAACAAGCUGAUCUUUGAAGGAAAUUAGGUUCAGAUUGUCUAAAGAAAAAAGAGGCUAUCAUAGCUUGUUAGCUCUGUUACAGUUUUUAUAUAUACUUAUGAGGCAAAGGCUUGCAACAACACAAAUUAUUUCUGUUGCAGCCCUACUGUUUCCCCCUUGGCAUAUUGGCAACAGCUAUAGGAGCUUGGUACUGUAGACAGUUACUGCAUCACCAAGCUGCAAGAUAAACUCAUUUAAAUGCGGCUUGCAAUACAUUGAGCUGAGCCCUAUCUGGUGUGACCGGGCCUAAUCAUUGCUUUUCGUCAUUGUUUCCUUCUUUGGUGCUCAGCAGUCAUUGCUGUUCUGCUUUAGUACCGUCCAGCCAAAAAGGGUUUGCCAGUUUGAACUGAGCGGCCAGUAGCGAGAUGUCUUUAGCCUGGGAUUGUUUUGUUGGUUGACUUUCUGCAGGUGAUGCCCUUUUCUGUCUGUUCAGCCAUGGAGGCUAUCACUGCCUAUGCUAACAACCCUGUUAAAUGAUACGGUUGGUGACAUUCUACAUUUUUCUUAUUGUCAACAAAUCCCAUGUGCAGACCCAAACCAACAAUGAAUGUAUCCACUAACAAGUAUUGUGUGUGUAUCCAACACCUGAUACUGAAUCUCUUAUUUCUCUGUGCCAUAGAGCUCUAAUGUUGGUCACAAAACUGUAAGAGGCUCGACCAGAGCAGCAAGAGUGGAUUAAUCCGCUGCUGAACAUACUGCAGUCCCCAACAAAUGCACUAUUUCCUCCUGUUUGAAAAAUAACUAAUGUGUUCAGUUCUUUGAAAAUAAUAAACUAUAUAUUUGUGAGCUUUUGUAAUAUAUAUAUUUAUGUCUUCAGAAGGAACCAGACAGUAUUGAGUUGUGGACUAAGGCAGUGUUGAUGUCGCUUUUUGGGACAAUAAGAAGAAUUUGGAAUAACACCAGCCUUAUUUUCUAAAGCUGUUUCCCAUUUUUGAUACUUGAAGCCUGAAUAGAGUGGUGCAAGAAAGAGUCCUAAAACCAGGAAAUUAGUUUCACGUCACGUUCCCUCGUCUCAAAGUCAACGUUUUUGGGUCAUAUUUUUAGUCUGACGCUUAAGAAAUGUUCAUACUUUGUUCUACGACAUAAAAUACAUCAGUGAAUACCCCACUGGUAAAUGUUGGAGGCUUUUAUGUGUUUUAAAAACUGGUUGCAAUCAAGUGACUAAAUGAAACUACUAAACAUCAUCACAUCAAACAUUAGCCGCCUUUAGCUUAGCGGUGGUGACUCGCAGCCAUGUGACCGUUGUGAAGCUUGUUUAUAGCCUAUUGUUAGCUUUUAACAUCUGCCGAUUGCAUUUGUGCUUCAAAAAUCAUAAAGAGUUUUUAAAAUGUAGAGAUUAUCCUGCUGAAAUGUGUGUUUGCCACAGAUCUGCCCUUCUGAUGCUCACUCCCUGGUUCCUACACAAAUACAUCAUCCUGCACCACUCUGUGACGGUGCAGCAGGGUCAGCCCACUGAAGGUUUAGCUGAAGUACCCCCUAAGCUGGGGUGGGUAUCCAACCCUGUCUGAAGGCUCUCAAGUGAGAGACAUCUUCUUUUAUUAGUCCAAAGCAGACGAUAUGACUUCCUGUGUGCCAGCAGACAUGUAUCUACACAGGCCUAUCACACAGGCCUGUCACACAGGGGGAGCAGCAAACACAGGAUAAUGUGCUGGCUCUAUCAUUUGAGUUUGUACCAGUAUCCACAGAGUGUAUUCAAUCACGUACAAAGGUCUUGAGCUAGAAGGAAACGUGUGAAGCCACAGAUGGGGUGUGUGUGUGGUGGAGGCAGUUCUCUUUGGGCUCCACCAUCAGUGUGUAUGAAUGGUGUCCCACAUGUUUCAAAUAUGCUUGAUUGUAUAUCUCAGUUCACUCUUCAGCUCCAAACAUGAGCUACCAAGUGCUUACCGUCAGAAGUGCUAAUGAGUGACGUCCCUCACAAUGCACCGGCACUGAACUCAUGGAGUGUACUGCAGUGUGUCAUGGCAGAGGGUAAUACUGUACAUGAGACGGAGAGAAUUAGAAGAAUGAUUGGACUGUGUCUGCUGAGUUUUUCCAUGUUUUCACCUUAAAACACCAAAUAAAACAAAAAGUCUUAACCACC